UGGGUUCAGCCGAGUGAAUGUGUGCUGUGGGAGCAAACGUUCAAGCGAUAACACUAACGGCCAUGGCCGAUUCCAGUUACCUGUGUGGUUAACACAUAUGACACAGGUAUUAUCUAGUGUCAAAGUUCUGGAUAAUAACACAAACAACGACUACUAAAUGUUCUUAUAAACAGCUUUAGGCUGAAUUUGGGAUGACUACGAUGUACUUAUAAACAGCUUUAGGCUGAAUUUGGGAUGACUACUUCCACUUAAAAACAUGGAAUAGGUAGUAGGAAUUAAUGAAUCAAUGUUACACAACUCACAUGGCAGCCAAGAUGUAUCAGAUUAGCCUGACAAGUUUUGUGAUCCUCAACCAUACAGCAUAUGUCAUUCUUAUACAUUUUCUGGCUGUGUUUGCCCAAGGUCAAGGCCCAGGCACCAUAAACAUGACAGUGGUUGAGGAGUCCCCCAUAGGGACUGUUGUCGGUGAGGUGGGUGCUACCCCCAGCUACAACUACUCAUUUCAGGAUCAGACCAACCUGUUCCAGAUGUCUCUUACUGGAACAGUAAGGACUACUGUGGUUAUUGACCGAGAUGUGCUUUCAAACCCUGUCUUUCGACUACUGGCUUCAGGUCGACCUAACAAUUCUCAAGACAAGGCAUUUACGUUUAUUGUUGUCAUCACAGUCUUGGAUAUCAAUGACAAUUCUCCGAAAUUCGAUUCCCAGUCAGGCAACCAAAACAUCUCUUUCCAAGAAGAUAUUCAGGAAGGUAGGAAAAGCAUAUUGACGGCAACUGACCCUGAUGCAGGAGACAACGGAACAAUUACUUACAGUAUAGUUAGUGGUAAUGCUGCUGGGUUGUUCCGUUUAGAUUUUUCUGGAUUACCAUCAAUCCUGUACAUUGCUAAGAAUGGUACGGAAAACUUUGACCGGGAGAAGCUUGACCACUAUGAGCUCAACAUUUCUGCCAAGGAUGGAGGUAAACCUCCAAGAUAUGGAUACACAACUAUCUAUGUUGAGAUCCUGGAUGUCAACGAUAACACACCUGCGUUUGAUUUGAGCCAAUAUAAAACUCAGGUGAAUGAAAAUGCUCCUGUUGGGACUUCUGUGUUUCGGGCUGAGGCGACAGACCCAGACCUGGGAUUAAAUGGUCAGAUAGUAUACUGGCUGGAGGAUGAUACGAAGCAGUUCACCAUUGAUCAGAACACUGGUGUGAUCAGAACAGUGUCCAGUCCUCUGAAAUGUACAAUGAAGUGCACCAGGUCCACUGACCCCUGCAAUCCCAACAGCUGCUUUGUUGUCAUUGAGGCCACUGACAUGGGGCUUAUUCCACUCACAGGACGGGCUUACCUUUACAUAGAAGUCCUGGAUGAAAAUGACCACGAUCCAGUCAUCAGAUUUUUCAAAGAAGGUGGAGAUUCUGAAAUAUCUAUUGUGAAUGUAGAUGAAAAUGCCAAAGUAAAUGACGUAGUCUUCACCAUAAGUGUUUCUGAUGCAGACAGUGGUAGAAAUAGUGAGACUAAUCUAACCAUUAUACAUGGUAAUGAAGGCGGCUACUUUAGCUUUAUCCCUCUGACCGGUUAUGGCAUCACACUUAUAGCCAAAGCACUGGAUCGUGAAACCAUAGACAGAUUUAACAUUACAUUCAAGGCAGUGGACAAUGGAAUAAUACCAAGAAGCUCUACAUCUAGCAUCAUCAUCAUAGUGAAUGAUGCCAAUGACCACAGUCCAGAGUUUGAAUACCAAAACUACAAAGCUAGCAUAAGUGAGUAUGCCAGACCGUUCUCCUAUGUGGCAAGCAUCAGAGCAAGUGAUAAAGAUGAAGGGAUUAAUGCCGAAUUGACUUAUGAAAUAGCAUCAGGAAAUGAACCUCUAGGGUGGUUCUCCAUUGAUUCAACAACAGGUUUGGUCACCACAGUCUCUGCUAUCGACCACGAGGAGUCAGUCCAGGUCACUUUGAACAUCUCAUGUCAUGACAGUGGUUCAGAGCCCAAGUUCAACUUUACCACCCUAGUGAUAGACAUAAUGGAUGAGAAUGACUACAUCCCCAGAUUUACUCAGACCAACUUCAAAACCGAGCUGAAAGAAAAUCUACCCCCCAACAUUGAGGUCAUUACAGUCAAGGCCAAUGACCUGGACAGUGGUGUUAAUGGGACUGUUGAAUAUUUUAUCCAUCGUGACACACAAAACCGCUACCCCAAUUACUUUAGUGUGCAGCCCACUGGAAAAGUUAUGGCCCUUAAAAGUUUUGACAGAGAGCAGAAAGAUCAAUACAUUAUAAAAAUACUGGCCAGUGAUAAAGGCCCUGUACCGUUGUCCUCCACAGCUACAAUUGAGGUGACCAUCAAGGAUGUUAAUGAUAAUCGUCCCAAGUUCUCACCCAAAGAUUACUAUAUCAAUGUCUUUGAUAAUGACCCUGCUGGACUACAAAUCACUAGAGUAUUUGCUUUUGACAAUGACAUGGGGGACUAUGCCAAAGUGACCUACACAAUGGUUGAUUCCUUCAACAGCUUUAAAAUUAACCCAGAUUCUGGGGUUAUAUCCACAUCAAGAGUCUUAAACAAACAGCCUUACAAGAUUACUAUUACUGCUAAAGAUGGUGGAGACUUGACAUCUGAAACAGAUGCUAUUGUUAAUGUCAUUGUGAUCAAUGUUCUCAGUAUUGCACCAAACUUCAACAGCAACUCAUAUUCAUUUACAGUGCAAGAAGACAAUGGAGAACAGAUGCCACAGAUUGGAAGGACCAUCGGCAGUGUUGGUGCAGUGUCCACUUCUGGCAGGACAAUCACCUAUGCCAUAACAGGGGGUGACCCUCUUGGUGUUUUCACAAUAGGCUCUUCCUCUGGGAUAAUUACAACGUUGCUUGCCCUGGACAGGGAAGAGAGAUCUGAUUACAAUCUUACUGUGAUAGCCUGUGACAAUGAUAAGAUCAGUUCUAGGAAGGUAUCAAUAACUGUGACUGACUUGAAUGACAAUGCACCCAUAUUUGUGACAGAGACAACCGAGGCAACUGUAAUGGAGAACUGGCCUGUGGGUCAGAAUGUCUUCUUUGCCCAGGCCAUGGAUAAAGAUGCUGGGAACAACAUGGUGUUGAGCUACACCUUGACCUCUACAGAGGACACCAACCAGGUGUUCAGCAUCAAUUCCAGCACAGGCAUCAUCUACCUUGCCAAGCCGAGUAACCACAUGCCCAAGACCUCUGUCACUCUAACAGUCACUGCCACUGAUGCAGGGUCUGUGCACAAGUCCAGCUCCAUGUCAGUUGUUGUCACUGUUGUGGAUGUCAACAACCACACCCCUCUAUUCCCAGACAACAGCAUAGAGCUCUUUCUCCCGGAAUCUCAGCCUGUCAAUAAUGUGGUCAAGGUUUUAUCUGCCACUGACGGGGACAAAGGUCAAAACGCAGCUCUCAGCUACAGUAUUGUGAGAGGCAAUGAAGAUCGAAAAUUUGGCAUAUUUCCUGAUGGUUCCUUCUACGUGGCCCAUAACCUGGACAGGGAGUCAAAGGCCAUGUACUCUCUGAUGGUAGUUGUCCAGGAUAACGGUGAAGUACCUCGCAGCUCUGCUGUCAACAUCACAGUCUAUGUUGAAGAUGUCAAUGAUAAUAAACCACAGUUCCCCAAAGAUGUUUUUGAUUUUUACAUCCUUGAGAACCAAAUUGCCAAGACUUACCUUGGCACUGUAAAAGCUGAUGAUCUGGACAUUGGCCGUAAUGCAGAAAUUCUGUACUCGUUGGCAGAUAUCAAUGUUAAUUUCACUAUUGAUCCAGUUCUGGGCAAUGUCUACUCAAAAAUAUCAUUUGAUAGGGAAUAUUUGAUGAAGACCACAAAUCUCUCCUACUAUGUUUUUGAUAUUUAUGCUACAGACAACGGGAUACCAAAGCUGCAGACCAAAGCCAGUAUCAGGGUUCAUGUCCAGGAUGUCAAUGACAACCCUCCAGUGUUUGUGCAAGCUUCAGAUUCUACUAUUGGGGUGUCAGAGAACAGCAAUGUCAAUGAUGUCAUCUACACUCUCCUUGCUGUUGAUGCAGAUGAAGGGGCCAAUGCUGUUGUCUCCUACACUAUCAUAAAAGGCAACGAUGCUGGAAAGUUUGGCAUAAACGCUGCAACUGGGCAGCUUUUCUUGAAGGCAGCACUGGACAGAGAGCAAGUGGACCAGUACAAGCUGACAGUGAAGGCCACAGACACAGGGGCUCCCAAGCAACUUGAGAGUACAACAGUGCUUAACAUCAAUGUGUUGGACUACAAUGACAAUGCUCCAGAAUUUGCCAAUGACACUCUGUCCAGUAUUAGCAUAUCAGAAACCACCAGCAUUGGGGAGGUUCUGACCACAUUCUCAGGCACUGACAAGGAUAUGGGUAUAAGUGCCACAAUCAGAUAUGACAUUGUCUCUGGUAAUUAUGAUGACGCCUUGUCUCUGGGCAUCUAUUCUGGGAAGCUGACUUUGGUCAGGAGCUUGGACUAUGAGUCACCUACGCAUGGUGAGCAUUCACUUAACAUCACACUGUCCGACCUGGGAUUCCCAUCACUGUCUGUGGCCCGGAUGUUUGCAGUCCAUGUUAUUGAUGCCAAUGACAAUGCUCCUGCCUUUACUGAUGGUUUCACCCAGUUUUAUUUUAAUGAGACGGUUCCGGUCAACACCAGGAUAGCCGCGGUCAGUGCUGUGGACAAGGACUCUGGAGAUUAUGGUAGAGUUCUAUACAGCCUUUACAAGCAGAGUCCAUCUGGAUACUACUUCACUAUUAAUGCAUCAACUGGGGAUAUAACUCUCAGCCGACCACUUGACCGUGAGACUUAUCAGUCUUUUAAACUGACCAUUCAAGCAAUUGACCAAGAUAAGGUGAUAGCCAACAGAAAGACUGCGGAGAAAUCUCUAACAAUAAUUGUGCAGGAUGCCAAUGACAAUGCCCCGCUGUUUCAGUCGGCUUCUGUUUUCAUGGUUCCCUUUAGUUCCUCCAGUGGCAACACUAUAGCCUCUGUAACAGCAACCGACCAAGACUCUGGAGACAAUGGAAAGGUAACAUAUAAUUUUGCUGGCCCAAAGCAGGUGUUGUUUGGAAUAAAUCAACAAACCGGGACCAUAUCCCUGAAUAGUACCUUGCCGCAGUCUCCACAGGUCUACUCCUUAUUAGUUGUGGCCACAGAUGGUGGUGUCAAUGACGCUCUGGGGCCGAAGUCGUCAACUGUCUCGGUGACCCUUCUGGUCUACACCAGCAACAGCAAUGGCCCUAGAUUUUUGUCCAGCACCCCCACUUCUGGCACCGUCCUGGAGAACAGUGGGGUUGGCACCACAGUGAUGAGGGUGGUGGCGGAAUCCUCCCAGGGCCAGGCUGUCAGCUACUACAUCGGAAGAGUCUCUGCCUCUGGCAUCGACCAAGGGGGUCUCUUCACCAUCGGUAGAUCCAGUGGAGUAAUAACAACAGCCUUGGACAUCAAUAGGGAGGCUCUGCGAUCUGACACCUUAACAGUGGAUAUAAUAGCUGCCGAAAUCUUCAACAAUGAACAAAGAGUGACAACUCAGCAGGUCACCAUUCGUGUGGAUGACGUCAAUGACAACCCCCCUGAGUUCUCCAGCACCCUGUUUGACACCAGCGUGUCCGAGAACCUGGCGCUAGGCAGCUCGGUUAUGCAGGUCACUGUCAGCGACCCCGACAUCACAGGGACCUUGACAUUGACCCUCAGUGGACCGGACGCUAGCAAGUUCCGAAUCGUCCAGAAUGGUACCAUCUACCUGACGCAGACGUUGGAUUAUGAAACUGCCAGAGUACACGACCUGAACGUCUCGGCCUCUGACGGCGCCCUCAGGUCAUCGGCCCUCGUCCGCAUCUACGUCAUCGACGAGAACGACAACGUCCCUGUCUUCCAGAGGAACUUUUACAGCUUCGACAUCCCGGAGAGCUCCGAGGCGGGGUACACCGUGGGGCGCGUCAGUGCCACGGACUUGGACUCUGGGAACAACGGGCUGGUGCUGUACGAGGUGACGUCACAGUGGGGGCUGGACUACUUCCGCCUGGACAGCACCAGGGGCACCUUCACCUUGAUCAAACCUGUUGAUUUUGAGGAGAGGCAGCUGUACACCAUGAAGCUCAUUGCCAGAGAUCAAGGCUCGCAGCCCAGGUCAUCCGAGGUCACCGUCUACAUGAAUGUCAAGGAUGUUAAUGACAACCAGCCGACCUUCGACCCCAUGUCCUACUACCGGGAGAUCUCCGAGGACGCCCAGGUCUUGACACCCGUGGUCAACGUCAGUGCUACGGAUGUGGACUCUGGUCUCAGUGGAGUUGUUCGCUACAGCCUCGUGGGCAGCUCGGCUUCCAAGUUCGCCAUCGGCCCAAUUAACGGAAGCAUCUAUACCGUGGCAGGGCUAGACAGGGAGCAGGUACCCUUGUAUAAUCUGAUUGUCAUGGCCACUGACCAGGCUCCCAACCCGAAAGAUAGACUCUACACCACUGCUACAGUUCAAGUGAAGCUCAGAGAUGUCAAUGACAACUCCCCUUUGUUCAUCAGCCCAGAGAUGAUUGAGGUCAGGGAAGACGCUAAGUUAAAUUCCAGCAUCUUCACAGUUCAGGUCCAGGAUCUGGACGAAGGCACCAACAGCCAGAUCACUUACCGUAUCGUAUCCCAGACUACCGCGGGCACCUUCAUCAUUAACGCCCAGACGGGAGCGCUGUCCCUCAAGUCCGCUUUGGACCGCGAGACCAUUGCGAACCACAGCGUGCUUAUUGAGGCCAAGGACGGGGGCACUCCGUCAAGGUCGUCCCAGCAGACCCUGGUUGUCCAGGUGACGGACGCCAACGACAACGCCCCAAUCUUCACUAAUGCAGAAUACAGGAAGACAGUGGACGAGGAUGUGGCUGUGGGGACAAGUGUCCUCCGGGUCCUGGCGACAGACAAGGACAUCGGGUUCAACGGGGCGGUGCGGUACUUCAUCGUGAGUGGCGAGGGCAGCAACGACUUCAACCUGGACAUGACCAGCGGCGUUCUCCGUGUCCAGAAAAUGCUUGACUACGAGAGGAUCACCUCCUACAAGAUAACCAUCCAGGCCGAAGACAGCUCCGUGGAGAACCGUCUCCAGGCCAACGCCACCAUCAUCAUCACCUUGAAUGACGUCAACGACUUUGUCCCCGUGUUCGACGACUCGCCCUAUGUCACCUUUGUCCAGGAGGGGAUGCCCGAUGGCCUGGUGCCCAUACUGACCAUCUCAGCCAGGGACGAGGACUCGGGUUACAACGGGAUGGUCUCCUACACUAUGAGGGAUAUAGCUGAGACCAGCUACUCUGGGAUCUUUGAUGUGAACGCUACCUCUGGCCAAGUGUUUGUGAAGAGGACGUUGGAUAGAGAGGCCACCCCAAUGUACAUACUCACUAUUGUGGCAAUGGAUUCAGGUGCCCCAGUCCAGAUUGGCACUGCCACAGUCACUGUGUUUGUGAAAGACGUCAAUGACCACAGCCCUGUGUUUGACAGCAACGGGCCCUACUUGGCAAACGUCAUGGAGAAUCUGGCAGCAGAGACACCGGUCAUCAUUGUGUCCACCACGGACUCUGACGAGGGGAUGAACUCUCAGAUUAUUUACAACCUGGCUGACAACAUGGGUAGCAAGUUCACCAUCCACCCCAGCACCGCCCAGAUCUCUACAGCAGUCUCCUUGGACAGGGAGGUAGAUUUCAUGUACACCCUGACAGUUAUAGCCACUGACCAGGGAAUACCUCCAAGGUCAGCUAGUGUCCAGGUGAUAGUGAUGGUUGGAGAUGACAAUGACAAUGCCCCAGAGUUUGAUAGCAGUGUGUACACCUCCUCAAUGUAUGACUCAUCUGUGACUGGGGACUUUGUCAUUGGUGUGACUGCAGUGGACCAAGACCUGGGUAAAAAUGGCCAAGUGGUCUACACACUGGAAGGUUCUAAUCAGGCUCUGUUCCGCAUCAACAGCGAGACUGGGGUGGUCACUCUGGCAUCACCUCUGCCCUUGUCUGUGACCUCUUUCAACUUUGUUGUCCGAGCCUCAGAUCUGGGUAAAAUCCCACUCAACAGUUCCUCCUCUGUCACCAUCACUGUUUCCAAAGCGCCAACCACUAGCAAGCCGAGAUUCAACGACUCAAACACCAAUCUAAGGAUCGUGGAGAAUUCUGUCCCUGGAAUGUCGCUGACUAUUGUCCAUGCCACCACUGCCACCAACAACCGCAUCACCUACUACAUCGUCGGUGGCAACGUGAACAACGCGUUCAGCAUCAACUCUGAUUCUGGUGCCAUCACUGUGAGCAACAACAUUGACUAUGAAGUCAUCAAAAGCUUUGACCUGUGGAUAGAGGCUCGGGACCAAGGGACCACUCAGCUGUCUAGUUACCAGACGUUGAAGAUAGCAGUCGAGGAUGAGAAUGACAACCCCCCAGUGUUUUCCUCCUCCCUCUACACAGCCUCAGUGUCAGAGAAUUGUCAAGUUGGAACUUCUGUGUUCACAGUGACAGCCACUGACUUGGACAGCAAUGGGAAACAAGGGAUAGUCUACUCCAUCAAGUAUGGUAAUGAGAACAACACCUUUCAGCUGGACUCACUGACUGGGCUACUGAGUACAUUGAACAGAGUGGUGGACAGAGAGAAAAUAGCCAUCUACAACCUGGAGAUACAAGCAGCUGAUGUGGGAACACCUCCAAGGACUGCCAGCACAACUGUACGAGUGACAAUAAAGGACUUGAAUGACAACGAACCAACUUUUGUUGGACCCCGAAGUGUUGCUGUACCUGAGGAUCUCCUUGUGGGCUCACUUGUCCUGCAGCUGUCCUCUGUGGACCAGGACAUUGGAGAGAAUGCUCGAGCCGCUUACAGAAUUGAUACUCUGGAUUUUCCCUUUGUGGUCAAUGCCAGCACAGGCACUAUUACCAACAGCCAGCCUUUAGAUGCAGAGACCACGGAGAGAUACACUCUGUGGGUCAGUGUCACGGAUGGUUCCUUUAUUCAGCGCACAACAAUCACCAUCAGAAUAUUGGAUGUGAAUGAUAACCCGCCUCAGUUCAAGUCCAGCGUGCUGGUGUAUGAAUUCACAGAGCUCCAGCAGCCGAGUACAAAGGUCACUCAACUGACCGCCCAAGACCUGGACAAAUCCAGCCCUAAUAACCUGUUCUUCUUCUCACUCAGACGUCCAUCGUCACAGUUUGAGCUCAACUCAGAGACAGGGGAGAUUAUCGUGCUAGAGAUGAUGAGAUUCUAUGCCGGGCAGUCUGUUGUUGACACAAUGAAUGACCAUAUCCUGGAUGUCCUUGUUUCAGAUCUUGGUACUCCAUCAUUAUCAUCAGAGGCUACAGUUAAUAUUAAAGUCAUUGAUGCCAAUGACCAUAGUCCAGUGUUUGACAAGGACAAGUAUUUUACAGCCGUUCCAAACAAUCUGAACCUGUCACAGAAUGUCAUUCAGGUUACCUGUUCUGACACAUUGGACUAUGGAGUUAAUGCGAUGGUCAAGUACUCUUUGACCAAGGGCACAGGUCUGCCUUACUUUAUAAUCAACAACUCAACUGGGGUCAUUUCCUCCAAAGCAUCUUUGCCCUCAGCUGGCAGUUCUCCCCUUCUGACACUGACAGUCACCUGCUAUGACCUGGGUGUUCCCAGCCUGUCCACCACGACAGAUGUUCAGCUCUACAUCACCGCUCCGAACGGCAAUGCACCAAGAUUUAACAACAACCCAUUUCAGAAGCAGGUCAAGGAGGAUGUCACUAUCGGCUUUGUUAUCGACACCAUAACAGCUACCGACAGUGAUUCUGGGCUGAACGGUGAGAUAGAGUACUGGAUCACUGGCGGCAACAGUGACGGAAUGUUUGCCAUCGAGGUGGACACUGGUAAACUGGUUGUAAACCAGACACUGGAUUUUGAAACAAGAGUUUCUUACACUGUCAACAUCACUGCCAGGGAUAAGGCUUUGUACAGUAAGGAGGUAACAAGAGCUUAUGACAUCCAACUGAUUGACGUCAAUGAUAACAAGCCCCUGUUUGACAGUGAAUAUUACGAUGCUUAUAUCCAAGAAAACUCAGUGCCAUCGACACCAGUCUUAAGAGCUGUAGCAACUGAUGCCGACGGCACUGCCGCUAACAGAAUCAUCAAUUAUGCCAUAGUUGGCGAUGCCACAUCCAAAAACAGCUUUCAGAUAAAUGCCAACACUGGUGAUAUUAUCACAGGCAGCACAUCAUUUGACUAUGAGACACGAACCCUUUAUACACUUCUGGUGAUGGCCUACAACCCAGAUCAAGGCAAUGGCGAGGCCUCGUACUUAAAGUCUGUCACCACCAUUUAUGUCCACAUCACUGGUGAAAACGAAGACAGCCCGCGUUUCCUUGUCCGCUCCUAUAACUUCUCGAUUAGUGAAUCAGCAGAAAUGGGCAAAUCAGUUGGCAAAGUGACCGCUAUGGACAAGGACCAUGGUGUGGAUGGCAUAGUGUACUAUUACCUGGAGGCGCAGAGCAACCUGAAAGGUUUCCUAAUUGAGCCACUCACUGGCAUCCUAAGGGUGUCCAGUCGACCAGACUUUGAGUCAUCUCCCACUGUCUUCCUUUCAGUGAUUGCCAAAAACUGGGGCAGUGUCCGAGGCAAUGAUACAGACACAUGCCUGGUCAGCAUAUCUGUCAUAGAUGCUAAUGACCCACCAGAAUUCACCAAAGCAAUCUACUAUGCCAACAUCACGGAAAACUCACCACCAAAUACUUUUGUCACCAAUGUUAUGGCUGUGGACUAUGACAUCAGAGCAGAUUUCAAACAGUUUAAAUAUAAGAUCAUGAGCGGGAAUGUUCCAGAGAGGUUUCAGAUUAGCUCCACUGGCAGGAUAGAAACCUCAGGACUUGGAGUCUUGGACAGGGAGACAACUUCGAAGUAUACUUUGGUGGUGGGAGCGGAAGAUUUAAAUGAUCCUACAAUCAUAGGGACUGCUACUGUUGUUAUUGAACUGCUAGAUGUCAAUGACAAUGGGCCGAGGUUUAACCCUGAGACCCUGAGGUUGAAUGUCUCAGAGAAUGAAACGGCUGGAAUGGAGGUGGCAGUGCUCCGAGACUACACUGUAGAUGCUGACCUGCCACCCAACCAGGGGCCUUACAGAUACAAGUUCACUUUGGGCUCCUGGUCUGACUACUUCUCAUUCAACGAGCUAACCGGCCGCAUAGAGACGACCAAAGUUCUUAACCGAGAUCUGACACCACAGUUUGUCAUCCCGGUAGUUGUGUCUGACGGUGGGACUCCCACCAUGACCUCAACACUGACUUUCACCAUCAUUGUUACGGAUAUAAAUGAUGCCCAGCCCAGACCGCGGCCACUGACUGUCCUAGUUAACCUCCUCGAAAAUCAAAGGCUGUCUGGGAAAAUUGCAGAUGUUCGCCCGCUGGACUCGGAUCUCUCUGACCCGUUCCGGUGUAGAAUCCUGAGCGGAGAUGCAGCCAACUUUGUUAUUAAUAACAAUAACUGUGACCUGGAAGCCUUGCAGCUGACCUCUGCGGACACGUAUAAACUCAGGGUGCAAGGAACAGAUGAUAAAUACCCCAGUGUGGAGUAUGAUGUCACUGUCAACGUCCAGUUACUGACCAAUGACAGUCUGAUCAGUUCUGUAGUCAUGGAAUUAAGAAAUGAAAAGGCAUCCACAUUCUUGGAGAAGAAAUACACUUUGUUUAAAAAGGCAGUGGAAGAUGUGUUUGGGGUGUAUGUAACCUGUAGGAUCUACAGCGUGAAAGAGUCUGGGUCAAAUCUUUACGUCUUCAUGUUUGCAAACGACAACCACAACAGAUUACUCAGCAGUAGUGACAUGAUUAGAGGAUUGAACUCUUCAAAGUCUAUUGUAGAAACUGCAAGCUCUGUUAGUAUCCAGAAUGUAGCCCUUGUUCGGUGUAGUUCUGGUUCUUGUAAGAAUGGGGGAGUCUGCUCAACAGUGGUUGUUUUGCAGAAGGAAAUCACUAUCAUCGACUCGCCCAGCUGGGUGAUGACCUCUUGGAGUCCUGACCCCGCAAUAUCAUGUUUUUGUAUGCCAGCUUUUACUGGGCCUUUAUGUGAAGAUAGUCAAAAGCCCUGUGGAUCAGAUUACUGCAAUCAUGGGGGAACAUGCAACAACAAUGUUUGCAGCUGUCCCAACAACUGGCAAGGCCCGUUUUGCCAGAUAGAUGUGGAUGAAUGCAGUCUUACUCCAGAAUGCAAAAAUGGGGCAACCUGUCACAACAUCGAUGGCUCCUAUGAGUGCAUCUGUACUCCGGGGUACCAGGGGAAAUUCUGCGACACUCCCAACUUCUGUGCCAGCCAGCCUUGUUCCCCUCAUGGCACCUGUGAAGAGCUCAUAGACACCUACCAUUGCCGCUGCAACUAUGGCUACCAUGGUCCUACUUGCCAGCUGUCAAGUAUGUCUUUCGGUGAAGGCUCGUACGCUGUGUUCCCUUCGGUGGACAACUAUCACACCUUCAACAUCAGUCUGUAUUUUGCUACGGUCAGCAGCAAUGCUCUCCUCAUGUUCAGCCCAGUCUCCAUAGGCCAGCUGCGACAAGGCUUCAUUGCUGUUGAGGUAGUCAACAGCCAAGUCAAAGUAUCAUUUCUGCUAGAUCCUCCAACUGACGCCCAGGAUUCAGCAGUCAUUACCUUGUCCACCACAGCCAUUGUAAACACUGGAUACUGGUACAGACUGGAGUUUACUAAAGUCACAUGGACGGCCAACCUAAUAGUUCAGAAAUGUCCAGAUCAAACGUGUGACAGCUGUGUUGAUAAACGUAAAGAGUGUUACAAUGAGACCAACUUUGCUCUCCAAAACCUCCAGCUGACUGGUCAAUACAUUAGCAUAGGCGGCAUCAAGAAUUUCAAGGACAUAACUGACCAGAAAGGUGCUGUGUCCACCCAUGACUUUGUUGGAUGUGUCCACAGUGUGUCCAUCAACAACCGACCUUUUGGUGGAUCCUCCCUGGUCAGUGGUUCAGACUCUGGAACCAGCAUGCCUAUAGAGAGUCUGAAUGUCAGCAGUAGCUGUCCCAGGCAGCAGGCUACCAGCAUGUGUGUCAACUUGGACUGUCAUGAUGGCACCUGUGUGGACAAAUGGUCUGAGGUGACCUGCAAGUGCUCCAGUAAAUACAUGGAUGAUACAUGCUCCUCAGUGAGGCAACCCUUCACUCUGGGAAACAAUGCUAAAGUCAAGUACACCCUGCACCAGUCAUUUGUGAGAGAUGCCACAUUGGCUGCCCUGAGGGCCAGACGUAGACGUGGUGUAGCUGAGUCUGCCCUGGUGUUAAGACUGAGGACAGUCCAGAACAAAGGAGUAGUCUUCAGUUCAUCCACAGACACCAGCAGCUGUUUGCUUUGGUUUGAUGAGGUCGGCCUGCACUUCCUGCUCAAGUCUCCUGAUGCUGUCAGUGACCCGAUUACCCUGACAGAUGUGAGCAUCGGUGAUGGGUCUUGGCACAAUGUGACAGUGUCCAGGUUCGGCACUACAUACACCCUAGACUUUGAUGAGCAGAAGUCUCAGACCAAAGUAUUUGGAGAGACGUAUGACUUUGAUAGUUUGAGACUGACGGAGAUGGCGAUUGGUGGAUCAGCCGUUGUUCCAGCUAAUCAAGAAAUACAAGGUUUCCAAGGCUGUCUAUCUCAGUUUCUUAUCAAUGGAGAGUUGAUGCAGUUAAAUGGUACAUCCGACAAGUACCUCAUAACUACUGAGGGUGGUGUGGACGGGACCUGCCUUGCCCUCUGCAGCAACUCCCCCUGCGGUGGCAACAACAAGUGCACCCCAGACGGAGAGAAGUUCAAGUGUAUGUACAUGGCGGAGGAAUCUGCCGGCCUGGAGACGGGAAUCAUCGUCGUCAUCGUGUUCUUCUCCAUCCUUCUGUGCGCCAUUGUGGUCGUGUUUGUCCUCUUCCGUACCCGGCGGGAUCUGUUCCACCGGUGUGUGAGAAGCAAGAAGAAGAGUCCUAGCAUUGGGUCCAGCUCCAGCCAUGGCAAGGUCCUGGACAACAUGAUCACGUCAGGGGGGAUCAACUCCAGGUACGCCUUGAACCCCAGCGAGGAGGAGAUGAUCAUUCGAAAUCACAUCGCCGAAAAUUUGAACGGUUCCAAAGGGAGCUCGCUCUCGGCAAGACCUGAUCUGAUUGGUUCCAACUUUUCCGAUCAGCCUCUGCAUCUGUCGGACGGGACAGUUAUCAUGGAGACAGGGGUGAUGAAUAAUCUUCUUGGUGAAGAGGAUGCCCCUGAGCACUAUGAUUUUGAAAAUGCCAGCAGUAUUGCUCCAUCCGACAUUGCCCCAUCAGAAGUGAUACGACAUUAUAAGGAUUUCCGCAAUGGCACUCAUCACCACCACCACCACCAUCAUCAACAGCUGCAACCGUCACCACUCAACAACCAACUUUUUAAUAAAUACAGAGACAGCCCUGUGUCAGGGUCCAACUACAGGGCUGGACCUAACGCCAGUCACGUUCGUCAGAGUCCUCUGUCUCUAUCAGGUUCUGCACUGUCUGUGCCGCAUAAUGGUUCCCAGGUGCUUCUACCAACUGGGGGACGACCAAGUUCUGCCCUGGCUGCCCUGAAUCAGGCAGAAGGCUCCAGAUCCCGCAUGAGCCCACUGACGCAGCUCAACGUGCGCAGCCCACGAACCCUGCCACAAAACUACAACACCAACAACCUAAGUCGCAGUAAUUCCAUUGGCAGUCAUCAUAGCCACAGCUCUAGCUCCUCAGCCACUGGCCACCUCAUCCCCCCUGUACAUUCCCAACACAAACUCACUAACAAUAAAUCUCUCUCUCUAGCCAGGGGAAGUAAUCCCAAAGGGUUAACAGUAGAGGACGUUAACCGUCUCAAUGCGAGACCAGAUCUCACUGACCCCCUCAGCCUCCUUGAAGUUGGGUCAUCCUCCGUGGACGGCAGACCAAAGGUCAACCACCACAUUUUACCUCAAGAACCAGUAUUAGACAGCAGCUUGCUCCUGGAAGCUCCAGACUCCAGCUCCUCAGAUAGCGGAGCCAACGACUCUUUCACGUGUUCAGAAUUUGAAUAUGAUAAUGAUAAUGUAAGAACUAGGCUAGAUUUGGACCCAAAGAAAAUGAUCUUUUCAAAACUGACCGAGGUUGAGAACGAGAGUGAUGACCAUCAUCAUCCCCCCCAACACCAGAAAAUGAACUCAGAUGGGUUUGUCUCUAAUGGGGAUUCUUUUACCAGCACAAACCCAUCCUCCUCAUCCUUGGGAAGUCCCUCGACACCCAACCAUCAGUACCUCAUUUCCAACCAGUAUGACUUUGACGCCCUGCUAAACUGGGCCCCCAACUUUGACAAGUUUGUGGGUGUGUUCAGGGAUAUAGCCCAGCUGCCCGACACCGGAGGACACAAAAAUGUUACGGACCAUGAUUACGAAGAGUAUGUGUAGCCUGGUAGGGUGGUAGAGUUUGUACAUAAUAUCCGUUAAUUGUUAGUAUGGCUGUGUGUUUGACUUCCAUGGAUGCCAGUGUCUAUUCAAGUUUGAAACAAAAAUAGAAUCAAAACACUUUAUAUAUAUAUAUUAUGUCUAGUGAUAUUGACAUUGUUAAGUUAUCAAUUAGAAUAGUUCAUUAUCAUUGUGAACUCAUCCUCAAACAAAUAGUUUUGAAGUUGGAGAAGAAAAUAUGUACUAGUAAAAUGUUAUAACUUCUUUUUUUUUUGGUUUAAAUUUUGCUGUUAGUUUGGGAGGGAGGGAGUGAAAUAGUCUAGUGUCAAAGAAUUUGUUAGGGUACAGUUUGGUGUCUGAAAAGUUUCCAGUUCUAAUUCAUCUACUGACACUAAGUUCUCAUUGAUUCUCUUGCUGUCAUCCUUCACAAGCUCAGCUAGUUUGAGGUCUUGUAGUUUUAGAAUUGUCUGUCCAGUAUUUGACCCACAACAAUUAAAAUCAAAUCUGAUGUAAUUCCAGUUCACCUUGAAUUGAUUUCCAGCAAUCUGAUGCACUGUUGAUUAUAUGGCCUCCUUUAAGUUAAUUUUGAUUGAUAGAAUGUCUGGUGUAAGCUCUCAGCUUUAAUCAAUGCUUUUAUUCCAUGUCAUCUAACAUUGUACAGAGUGAGGGAGAGGAUGUGUCUGUACUCGAUGCAAUCAUGUAGAUACAAAUUGUUUGCCCUGUAUUAUUGCCUCCCGUUGUUAUCCUGUAUUUGCCUUUUGUAAAGGCUUCAGAUUUUGUUUGCAUCAUAAGAGUAACAGAUUUUCAGACACUUUUUUUUUCAUACUUGUGACAUUUGACCAUUUCCUAUCAGUGACUGCCUUCAGUCAAUCUGUUUCUAUAUCAGAGUGAUCAUUCCUUCAAGUCAGUGUUUCACAAACUUUUUCCUUAACGGAAUGCAUCACACAUUCUGAGUAUUUAGCGGAACACUCUGCUUAUUUUUUUUAAAGAGAUUACUUCGGGUGGUGGCCUACUAGUUUAUUAAUCAAGUAGUUUGUGGCCUCGCAGAACAUUAAGAGUUCUGUGGAACACAGUUUGGGGAAACACUGCUUUAAGUUAUUGUUCUUUGUUCCUAAGUAAUAGCGGCAUCUUUGAUGUUAGAAAUGGUAAUGGCAAUAAUAAGCUUUCAUGUUUAGAGAGUGAAGUCUCAUGAUGAAGAUUUCUAUGAUUAGAAUCAUAUCAGCUAGUUAUGAAGAUAAGGUUCUAAUAUGCAACUUGUAUUUCAACUUUGACAUAGAAUGACAGAAGGUCAAAUGUCAUUGUAAAACUUCAAUGUGUUGUAAUUAGUUGAUGACUUUUUGUGUACAUUUAAAACAUUCCUUGAUUUAUUGAACAUAGACUUGACAUGUCAUCUCAUUCUAAACUUUAUUCUGUGUUCUCUCACUAUGUAAGCAAUAGUGCUAACCCUUUGACGAAUGUUGUACUUGACAUGUUCAAAGUUGGCAGUGCUGUGUCUGGUCCUCGGGAAGGACAGAAAGUGAUUGCAUUCUUUAUACACUUCGGAUGAACAAAAAAACAAAACAAAAAUGUUUUUGUUUGUAAACUAUGCUUUAAUGUUUUUGUAAAAAACUGAGAUGAUAUUUUUAUGUAACUUAAGUGCAGCUGUACUUAAUCUUUACACUUGGUUUUAUUUUGAUUGAUUUUGGUAAGGGAAGUAUUCUCUCUCUCUACAAUAUUGUGUGUACUAGUUGACUGUGUGUGUGUAUUAUACAAUAGUUCUUGAAUGAAGCAUAAAUAUGUGAUGCAUAGUUGAGAAAAACAAAGUUUUGUAGCCCACAGUUCAUGAGCACCCAGCAUAGUCUGUGCAGGGGAAAAGUUUCAGGAGUAGUCCAAGAUAACAAGUGUCACGGAGAAACUGUGAUUAUUACUAUGCAGGCCAUAACAUUAGCUCUAGUCUUCUAUGUCAAGAUUGAGUCCAUCUCAAGCUGUGAGAACAUGUUUUGAAGUAGAUAGACUAAUGAAUGUCAAAUGAAACAAUGUAAAAUAAAUGUUAGAAGCAAGGAUCAGGCCAAAGUAUUGAAGGGAGAUAACACUAGUUAUUGUGAAAUUUUUUGUAUUUAUUUAUAGCUCUGGCUAACCCUGAGGUUUUGAUACACAUUGAAAUAUUUAAUAAACUGCAAAAAAAAAAAAAAGUGCACAAAUAUUGUAGGUUUUUAUGGCUGAGACUUUGUAUUUUCAGAGUGUUUUUUAAUGCCCAUUGGUGAGAACAAUUUUUAUUAGUUGAUCAUACAUUUGUAUUUUUAACCAAAUGUUUUUCUGCUAUUUAUAUUUUGUAAGAAUUUCUUUCUAAGAUGAAAGAUGAAUCAUUUUUUUUUCUCAUAGCAAUUAUUUGUACUGUUUCCAAUUUCUCAUUGUAUCAAAAAAAAAUUUAUUGAAUAAAUCUACAAAUAUAAAGACA